CUGGUGGGAGGAGGUAAGAUGCUUGGAGCUGCACUGUGCUCAUUAUGGUGUCUUGUAUUCUGAUAGAUCAAUGCUCAAGUGAACAGUAUUCCGCUCACGCUACAACAGGACAAAGAACCAGAAACGAUGUACAAAAUGCCCAGGAGAGACAGUAAAGUACAUCCGUUAAAGACAGAAAACAUCUUCAGAAAAAUGGAACUUAAAACCCUGAUAUCACAAAUAAACAAGCACUGCUCUUACUCCUCCUGGAUUAAAAAUAACAUCACGAAAAAAGAGUGCUGCUUCUAUGCUGAACUUGACAGAGAGGGGAUCUGUGCAUGCGGUUAUCCAAAGACCGAACACCAUGAUGAUGCUAUCAAGCCAGAGGACUACAUAGUACAGCGGCAUGACAAACUCAGGCACAUGAGAGAGGUUCCUACUGACGCCUUUGGAGACAUUAGUUUUGGAGGACUUGGACAGAAAACAGGAAAGUAUGUCCGAGUAUCCUCCGAUACGCCUGUUGAGAAGCUGUACCAAUUGAUGACUGAGUAUUGGAAACUCAAGCCCCCUAACUUGUUAAUAUCAGUGACAGGAGGAGCCAAAAACUUCUACAUGAAGAAUGACUUGAAGAACAAGUUCCGCAGAGGACUAAUUAAAGUGGCCCAAACCACGGGUGCAUGGAUCCUGACUGGGGGAACACAUGCAGGUGUGAUGAAACAUGUUGGGAGAGCAGUACGGGACUAUAACCUAAGCAGUAAUGCUGUAGGGGGACAGAUUGUGGCUAUCGGAGUGGUCACAUGGGGGGUCAUCCACAACCGCAAGGCUCUGGUUCACCGAGAUGGUCGCUUCCCUGCUUAUUACUAUCUGGAUGAACCUGGUCAAGGCCGCUUAUCCUGCCUGGAUGUUAAUCACUCUCAUUUCCUGCUGGUGGAUGAUGGAACUUCUGGAAAAUAUGGCACUGAGAUCGAUCUUCGUGGGCGACUGGAGAAACUGAUCUCAGACCAGCCUCUAGACAAAUCAGAGAGUGAACUGAAGAUUCCAGUUGUAUGUGUGGUACUAGAUGGUGGACCUGGAACCCUAAAUACAAUCUACAAUGCCAUGAUGAACGGCACGCCAUGUGUGAUUCUGGAAGGUUCUGGGCGCUUGGCUGAUGUCAUCGCCAACGUGGCUGGCCUACCGGUGUCCAAUAUCACAAUAGCGUUCAUCGAACGACUGAUGAAGAGGUUUUUCGCAGAAGAAUAUGAGGCUUUUUCUGAACUGAAGAUCAUUGAGUGGACCAAAAAGAUUCAAGACAUCAUCCAGAUCCCGCAGCUGUUGACAGUGUUCCGCAUUGACGAGGAGAAAAACAAUGAUGUGGAUGUAGCCAUUCUCCAAGCUUUUCUGAAAGCCCCCCGGUGCAGUGACAGUGUGAACAGAGAGAGACAGUUGCAACUGGCUGUGGCCUGGAACCGGGUGGACAUUGCGGAGAGUGAGAUCUUCACUGAAGAAAGUAAAUGGAAGUCUUGUGAUCUGCACCAGGCCAUGUUCUCUGCCCUGGUGGGCCAUAAGGCUGAGUUUGUGCGUCUGCUGCUGGAGAAUGGGCUAUGCCUCGUUCAGUUCCUUAAACAUGAAGAAACGCUGUGUGACCUGUAUAAGCAUCUUCCUGGCUGUCUGUUUUUGCGCAAAGUGGCCAAACGAGCACAGGGAAUCAGGAGGAUUUCCCUGAGCCACGUGGCUGCUGAAGUGCGGCAUCUGCUGGGCAACUUCACGCAACCACUCUACCACACAGAGCAACCCCUUCAUAAAAUAGAGAUAUCCAGUGAUGAUAAGGAUUUUACAACCACAUCUGAAAGCCCGGCUCGAGAGCUGAUCUGCUCCUCGGACGAGAGGGCCCCAGACACAGUGUCUGAUGCAGGCAGAGAUCUUUUUCUUUGGAGUGUGCUGCAGAGUCAGAAAGAACUGGCACAGAUCACUUGGGAGCAGUGCAAUGAUUGCAUUACAGCUGCUCUGGCUGCCAGUAAAAUACUGAAGAAGCUUGCUCAGGGAGGAGGAGAUAAUGGGGACGAUGCUGGAUCGAUGAGAGAGCUUGCGGAUCACUAUGAGAAACAAGCAAUCGGUGUAUUCAGCGAGUGCCAUCGCUAUGACGAGCAGCGAGCACAAAGACUGCUGACACGUGUCUCUCCAUCAUGGGGUAGGACAACCAGUCUUUGUCUUGCUCUUGAGGCCCAUGACAGAAGCUUCAUAGCUCACCCUGGGGUCCAGGCUUUGCUAACUCAGAUCUGGUGUGGUGAGUUGGCAGUGGAAAACCCACAGUGGAAGCUGAUGCUCUGCAUGCUUUUCUUUCCGCUUAUCUACACCGGAUUUCUGGUCUAUAGGCGUGAUGAAGUCAUCCGAAAGGAAGCAGAAAGAAACGAAGAGGAGAAACUGGUUAUGGAUUCAGCGGCUGGGAAUAAACCUGACUUGAGUAAACAGUCUGAUACGAGCUCUGUGCAUCCACUAAACUGCUGGACAAGAUUAGUGGGUCUGUACGCCUGUCCUCAGGUGAAGUUCUACUGGAACAUCCUGGCUUACUUUGGCUUCCUGUUUCUCUUUGCUCUGGUGUUGAUAACGGACUUCCAGCCUACACCGUCUUGGAAGGAAUUGCUCCUGUAUGUCUGGCUCACCUCACUCAUGUUUGAGGAGGUCAGACAGCUCUUCUAUGAUUUUGAUGGGUUUACACUUUGGAAGAAAGUGAAAAUGUAUAUAAAAGAUGCAUGGAACAUUUUGGACAUGUUGUCGAUAUUGCUCUUCAUCACCGGGCUGGCUUGCAGGCUCCAGACUUCGAGUACAGUGUUCUAUGUGGGGAAGAUCAUCCUCUGCAUCGACUUCAUCAUAUUCAGUUUGCGCCUGAUGGCUAUCUUCACCAUCAGCAAGACUUUAGGGCCUAAGAUUAUCAUUGUCAGGAGAAUGAUGAUGGAUAUGUUCUUCUUCAUGUUCCUGCUCAGUAUAUGGGUGGUUGCAUAUGGAGUGGCCACACAGAGCAUCCUGAUUGAGAAUGAGGAUCGAUUUAACUGGAUUAUACGAGGUGCUGUCUAUGAGCCCUACCUCAUCAUAUUUGGGACCUUGCCUGACAAUGUGGACAACACCAAAUUUGACUUGAACAGCUGCAGUGUAAAUGGCUCUGAUCCUCUAAAACCCAAGUGUCCCAUUCUGAAUAGUGACAACACUCCAGCCUUUCCUGAUUGGCUGACCAUCAUUAUGCUGUGUGUUUAUCUUCUCUUUGCCAACAUCCUGCUCCUCAACCUCCUCAUUGCUAUCUUCAACUACACAUUUGAGGAGGUACAAGGCAAUACAGAUAUAAUCUGGAAGUUUCAACGUUAUGAGCUGAUAAAGGAGUACCACAGUCGCCCCUCUCUCCCACCUCCCUUCAUCAUCCUGAGCCACUUUUACCUCUUCAUCCGACGUGUGCUCCUGCGCCGUGGCCCUCGGAAACAUAAGAUCUUUAGACAAGAGCUGAAUCAGAGAGAAGAAGAAGAGUUGAUGUCAUGGGAGUCAUUCAUGAAGGAAAACUAUCUGGCAUCUGUAAAGCAAGACAGUAGCCAGAGUAUGGAGCACCGUAUGGAAGACACGGCUGAAAAAGUUGGAACCAUGUCUGAAAUAAUCGAGCAAGGACAAGAAUGGGGUUUUGCAUCUGUGGCAAAAAGGCUGGGCCGGUUAGAGGAGCAGGUUUGUCAGUCAGCUAAAGCACUAGAGUGGAUCAUGGACACGCUUAAAUGUCAGGGUUACCAAUCCAAACAUGACGCUCCUGUAAUGGCCAGUGUCAUUAUGAGCACUAACACCGACCCUUCAGAAUUAACUGAGCCGGAAGCAGAAUGGGAGAAAACUCAUCACGUCUAUGCCCGCCAGCUUUAUUACCCCGGCAGCACUGUUAUACGCUUCCCUGUUCCUGAGGAGAAAGUGCCCUGGGAGGUCAACUUCUCUAUUUAUGCUCCAGCAAUUUACAGUCAAGAGAAUAUGCAAGAGUCAGACAUUUCAACUUUGGACAUAUACAGGAACCCUAAAGGACGGACAGGAUUAAAGGGAAAGGGGGCUCUUAAAAGCCUUGGGCCAAAUGAUAGUAUAGAUGCAGUUAUCACAAGAAAAAAGGGCCUACAGCUAGAGUUUCUGGCUAUGUGGGAUGAGACAGCAGGGCAAUGGACAUUACCAAGGGGACCUGUUGAGCCUGGCAAGCUCUUACCUGAGAGAUUAGAAACUGCACUGGGAAAGGAUCUAUCAGAGAAACUUAAAGCCAAAAUAAAAUCAGGAAAACACACUGAGGUCUAUAAGGGUUACGUAGAUGACAGCCGAAACACUGAUAAUGCCUGGGUGGAAAGCACUGUAAUAACAGUUCACCUUGACGAUGAUUGGCGUCUCAUGACUAGUGAUGGUGAAGACGGUGCUGAUGGUGGUGAGUCUCUCAGCAGCAGCACUGAGAAGCUUCAGUGGCAGGAGGUGAACAGCAAGGCACCUGUGUAUACAUACCAACGAGAAGCUCUCCGAAUCGUCGCCCAAAAACACAACGUUAAGUUCUGAAGUUGAGAAACGUCUGACACUCAGGAAAACGGAUAAGAAAGAAUAUUCCACACUCCGAUCUGUGCACCUUUUGCUGCGAUUCAGUAGAACCAAAUCUGUUUGCACAACUGCUCCUGAACUAACCAAUCACUCAUACAUCAUUGACACAACAGUACAUUUUAACAAAAUGACAUUAAAGAAAGCUUAUUCAAAAUCAUUAUUAUUAGCAGCAGCAGCGUAAUAAUAAUAAUAAAGGUGAAUAAAUGAAAUCUAAAAUAUACAGAUCAUACACAAAGAGGAAUAUAAGUAUUUAAACCCCCUAUAAAAGCAUUAUAAUAACCAGUAUAUGCAAUACAGAGGAAUUAGUUGCUUAGAGAUUAUGAUAGAUGACAAAUAUUAAAGAGGUUUAAAAAUUGCAGCAUUACUAGCAGGAAUAUUUACACUGAGUUCACCGAUUUGAGGCUUUUUCUCUUAUGUUUAACUUCCACUAACACAGUAUUGUGUACAGACUGUUGUGACAUUCUCCAUUUAAAUGUCAUGUUUGCCAUAAUUGUCAUAAUUAUCCACCGCACCAUCCUCUUAACAUUCAGAAACAAUCAGACACCGAACUGUGAAUUUGUUCUUCAGUUGAUCAGGUGGAAUCUUGUUCUCAUCUGAAUUCUAAGCAUAACUGAAAUAAGAUAAACUGCAUCCCUGAGCCUUAAUGGGUUUAAACCAUCAUUGCAAAUUGUUUCAGUGUUUGUGACAGGCUGGAAAGAAACUGAGCAAAAUGUCUUGUUUUUAUUGAGAUAAUCAUUUAACUCGAUGAUUUUUUUUGUUUUAUUUGAUUCUAGAAUGGAAAGUUAGACAUUGAUCUAGACUGAGUGCACAGCGGGAUGGCAUUUUCUUUUCCUCAUUAGAGGCUUUACAAUAGCAGUUUCAGAAUAAACUUGAUGUUAUUGAUUGUCAGCAUGGCAUUAUGCAACUUUUUUUUUUUUUUCAUUUCAUUGUCUGUACCGCUUAUCCGAUCUAUACUCGGGUCACGGGAAGCCUGUGCCUAUCUCAGGAGUCAUCGGGCAUCAAGGCAGGAUACACCUUGGAAGGAGUGCCAACCCAUCACAGGGCACACACACACACACUCAUUUACUCAUGCACGCAAUCACACACUACAGGCAAUUUAGAGACUCCAAUCAGCCUAGAAGCAUGUCUUUUGGAAACCGGAGCACCCGAAGGAAACCCACAAACCACGGGGAGAACACAUUAUGCAAUAUGUUAGUGGAUACUGAAACGAAAAGUGAAUGUGUCUAGCUGGCUGCUGUGUACAAAACUGUUCCUUUUUCAUUACUCAGUAUUAUGAUCAUGAUGUAAUCAGACAUAAAUGCAACAAUAUGCAAUGUGUACAGUAUCUUCAGUACCUCAACUUAAAGAGAUCACUACAAACAUGUGAAAACCAAUUAGCAUGUGUGCAAA